AUGCCAGCGCGUACAGAUUCCCCUCCACCUCCGCGGUCGGUCAUGGAGACUUUGGCGCAAAAAUACGACGUCACAAGGAAUGGAUUUCUUCCGCACUCAGCGCCCGUCAAACGUCUUAGCAUGCACUACGCGACUUGGGAACUUCUGGCGCAAUGCCUACCGGAGCUUCUAAAAGAACGGUGUCUGCGAGGGGUGGUGGAUGGGAUGAAAGUACUUUCGGUCGACAACCUGACAUCCGAGGAAGAAUGGCAGCGAGCAUAUGUGAUUCUAACCUUCCUGGCACAUGGAUACAUCUGGGGCGGCAAGAAGCCAUCCGAGGUAUGCAAAUCCUUGAAAUCAGAUGCCAGUAGGGUAUACGUUAACCUGAUGCAGGUGCUUCCACCACAAAUAGCUGUCCCAUUGUUACAAGUCUCAGAACACUUCGAUCUUCCACCAACAGCGACAUAUGCAGGCUUAGUCCUGUGGAACUUCCAGAGUACGAGCACUGACUUCAGUGAUCCCGACUCACUGAAGGCUAUAACAACUUUCACCGGCACAGAAGAUGAGUCAUGGUUCUACAUGGUCUCAGUAGCACUAGAAGCCCAGACCGCUUAUGUCAUACCAAUCAUGGUGCAGGCAAUCGAAGCGAUCGAGCGCCGCGACUACGAAACAAUGUCAGUAGGGUUGGAAGAAAUGAUCAACAGUAUCAAGGAGAUGGAUGCAUUGUUGACGAGGAUGUACGAAAAGUGUGAACCGGCGACGUUUUACCAUGAUAUUCGGCCAUUGCUGGCCGGAAGCAUGAAUAUGGAGAAAGCGGGACUGCCAAACGGAGUGUUCUACGACGAAGGCGAUGGAAAGGGGUCAUGGAGGAAGUUGAUGGGCGGCAGCAAUGGCCAAAGUUCAACGAUCCAAUUCCUGGAUAUCGUCCUCGGCGUUGUCCACACUGGUGGUGCCGAGAACGCAACUUGCCCAGUAUCUGGCGUUCGAGGAGAUGCAAGUACGACGGGCUGCCCUAUUUCUGCCUCGAAAGAACGCCAGGUGGGAUACCACGAGCAGGUUCGAGCCUACAUGCCCCAAGGCCACCGGAACUUCUUGAAGAAUCUCUCUCGCAUGGGCAGUCUGCAGGAAUUCGCUAUGUCGGAUCAUCCGGGCGCUGAACACGCACGGCUCCGCGGACUGCAUGAGGAAGCCUGCCGGACGAUGGGCGACUUCAGAAAGAAGCAUAUCCAGAUUGUCACCCGGUAUAUCAUCAUCCCCAAGACCAAACAACCCACCGAUAAGAAGGUGCGUAACCUUGCGACGGCGUCCUCUGAGUCCAGCGAUACGUCGGAGUUGAAAGGCACCGGUGGCACAUCCUUGGCAAAGUUUCUGGCACAGUCACGAGACGAGACAUACAUGGCGGGAUGCAUGACGCGUGAAGAGUCUCGCGUUGAUCCGAAGGGGAAGGAGUGA